AUGGCGCACAUGGUAUUCGUGGCUGGAGAUGGCUCUUUAUUGUCGAAGGAGUCGCAACUGCAGGUCAGUCGGGGGCUAUCCCCUGAAGAACGAAAGUUAGCCCAACAAAGACUCAUCGAAGACAGAAUCGCCGAUCAAGGCGACCCAAAAACCCAAAACACCUCUAUCUUUAUACUCUUGCUCCAAGCACUCUCAAAUUGGCGAGCGUGGGUUCUGAUCCCGGGGUACAGUACCAUUGUGGGAGCCGGGGCUAUCUCAUACUUCUAUCCAACAUUGGUCAACGACAUGGGAUACACAUCUACCACCUCGCAGUAUAUGACAGCUCCACUCUAUAUUGCUUCUCUGGCUGCAGCUAUCCCCAUUUGCUGGUUCGCUGACUGCAAACCCCAUACUAGAGGACAGCUAUUGGUGGGCAACAUGACAUUCGGGAUGGUGUUUUUCGCUCUUAUGGCGGGUAUUCGAAACUACACUGCGCGAUAUGUGUUUUUAUGCUUCAUUAACAUGACUCUCUGGACGGGAAAUGCGCUGGCUCUUUCAUUUGCUACUACGGCUCUGGCUUCGGUUACUCGUGACGUUCGUGCGAUUAUGCUUGCGUGGAUCUCUAGCGUUACUGCUUUGGCGCAGUUGUAUGGGACUGCCCUGUUUCCGGCUGAAGACUCACCUGCGUAUGUCGUCGGGUUUUCUGUCUUUGCUAGUACGUUUGCUGUCGGGGCUGUUUGUUUUGGCCUGGCGGAUAUUUUGUUCAAGCGUUAUCCAUGA